AUGAUCGGGUCAAUGUUGCUGAAGAUGAUUUAUGGCUACCGUGUCGAGACAGAAAGGCCCGACCCCCUUGUCGCAAUCAAUGAUCGCCUAGUAGAGAUCUUUGCGUCCGUGACCCUCCCAGGGGCAUGGCUCGUCGACAUAGUCCAGUGGUUGAAGUACAUUCCAGACUGGAUGCCUGCGGCCGGCUUCAAAUUGGUGGCGCGCAAGGCACGACUGGUGAUCAUGGCAUCUGCGGAAGUACCAUUCCGAUUCGCAAAACAACGCGCAUCAGAAACGGAAGAUGAUACGACCUGGUCAGAGCCAUCCAUCGUCGGUGAGCUUCUGCGUACAAGACAAGACGACAAUAGAAUCAGUGACGAUGAUAUCCAAUGGACAACCGCAUCCCUAUAUGGCGCCGGCGUCGACACAACCGGAUCAACACUUCGGGCCUUCUUCCUGGCCAUGUCGGUAUUCCCCGACGUGCAGAAGAGAGCUCAGCAAGAGAUCGACGAUGUAGUGGGACGAUCGAGGCUGCCUCGACUCGAGGAUCGCACCAACCUGCUUUAUAUCAACGCCGUGGUCAAAGAAUCACUCCGCUGGUUGCCAUCGGCGCCCUUAGGUGUACCUCGCGCCGCGCAGGCAGACGACGAGCUGCGUGGGUUCCGUAUCCCCAAGGGCGCAAUACUACUGCCUUCGACGUGGUGGUUCACGCGCGACCCUGCCGUGUACCACGAACCAGAACAGUUCAUGCCUGAGAGGUUCCUCGCCCCAUUCGAGGAACCCGACCCCGCCGGCUUCGUGUUCGGUUUUGGCCGUCGGAUUUGCCCCGGGCGGCGCCUCGCGGAAUCCGAGUCCACCCUCUUUUUGGCGAUGGCAAAGGUCCUCGCCACGUUUGACAUGACCAAGGGCCGAGAUGCCCAGGGAUGA